ACUUGGUCAAACAAAAACCAAUCAAUCAAUCAUGGGGAAGAGGAAGAGGAAUAGUAAUAGGAGUGGGAGAUACUACCCAUCAAAGAAGAAGAUGGGGAAUAGGAGAUGGGAGGAGUUGAACCAAGAUUGCUUGGUUGAAGUGCUUAGAAAAUUAGACAUUGAAUCCUUGUUAACCAACAUUCCUUUGGUGUGUAAGUCUUGGUACAAAGCCUCUUUAGACCCCAAGUGUUGGAAGUGCCUUAAUUUUCAUGAACUCGCAUCUUCACCUUAUCUACGCCCACCCUACGAUUCACCUUUCUUCGAUGACUUCAACAUUCUAAACGGGAACAAUGACUUAGCCAAUGCGUUCAUAAAAUUUGUGGUUGAUCGCAGUCAAAGAUGUGCCACUACGCUUGUGAUUGCUGGCUUCUUCACUCAACAGUCCUUGGAAUAUGUCUCCCAAGAGUGCCCAGAAUUGAAGUGCCUUAAUAUACCGAUGGAGUUUAUGUUUGGGGACGAGGGGCAGCAUCUCUCUAAAUUUAUAGGCAGUUGGGGGAAUUUAGAGUUGUUAUCUAUUGAAAUUUGCUAUUAUCUUGAUCAGAUUUUGACCCCAAUCAGCACUCAUUGCCAUAAGUUUCAGGCGUUAUGUUGCCGUGAAAUCCAAAUUAGAGAUGAAGAUGCAAUGGCCAUAGUCAAAUUAGAACAAAAAAUCAAGUACUUGAGAUUAAGUAGUUGUCGCUUGUCCCGUGAGAAUGUUGUGAUCAUUUUAAAGGGCUGCAGACAUCUUGAGCUCUUGAUUAUGAGGUACUGCAGUGGAUUUAAUGUAGAUGAUGAGAUAUUGAAACUUGCUUCUCAUAUCAAGACUUUUGAUUAUCAAGGAACCUAUGCUUGAAGAUUGUUGUUGAUGAACACCUGUGUGCAGGCACUUGAAGACGCGGAUUACUUCUAGUUUGUACCAACCAACAAUUUGUUUUUGUUUUUGCUGUUGUUUUUUUCCCCCUUAAUUAU